AAAGGGAGCAGGGAAGGGAGGGAGGCCCGGAGCGCAGCGCAGCCCGGGAGCCUCGGUGGGGCCUGAUCAUUAACCCGCCAGGGCCGGGCCUGUCCCCGGCCUGUCACGGGCAUGUGAGCGCCGGGGCUGCGGGCGCUGCCGGCCCCUCACGGCCCCGCGGGCAUUUCCUCGCCAGCACUCUCUCUCACACACACACACACACACACACACACACACAUACACACAUACACACACACACCUCCGCAGUGACUGCAGACAUGAGGCUCCAGCUGCUGCUUUGGAUCUUGGCGGCGCUCCUGGCGAGCCUCCUCCCAGCCAGCGGACAGCGGCCAGGCAGCCUGGCGCUGCGCAGGAAGCUGCACCGGCACGGCUGCUCGCACCGGCGCUGCAUGCCGCUCCACUCCAGGGUGCCCUUCCCCUGAGCCCCGCCAGCAACUUCAUAUUGGACUUUCCAGUGUUUUAAAGGAGCAACAGUUAAACCAAUAAGAGAAGUUUGCCAAAAGUGCAGAUCAACAACAGCUGACCUGACAGCCACCACAGUGCCAUCUCCAGCAGUCCUGUCUGUCACAUUCCACUGGACCUGAACUAAAGGCCCCUGUCUCACACCCUAAAAAGUGAUGGAGGGGGGAAGUGUGGUGAUGGGGGAUGUACUGUACAUGAACUUACCUGGUGGAAUCAUUCCCUGCAAAUGAUUUGGCUUUCACAAUCACUAGUGAAAGUUAAAGAUCAAAUCAAAUAUCAGGUAGAUUUUGAUCUGAGCUAGAUUUCCGGUGGCAGUAAGGAGGAAGGAUCUGUCCAAGGCUACUCUUGGUGAUACAUAUUAUUCAGACUGAGUAAAAUUGAAAGUGCUGUUGACUACUCAGUUCAGGCUGUGUUUAGGAUGAAAUAGUCUCAGACUCCAGUAUGGAAUUCUGAAAGUCCAUUUUUUGUUUAUACUUUUAUAUAUUAAUAAUAUAUACAUUUAUGUUUUAACAUCUAACAUUACAUUUUUAUGGAAUUACCUUUAUAAUAACAUAGAAUGCAUUACUGUAAUAGCACCAAAGCCAGCACCACACCACUGGUCCCACUGGCUUCAUGUACAGAAAGCAUAGUAAGAGUUUACAACAUAAGAAAGCAAAGAGAGUGUUAUCCCUUUGUAUAGAUAGAGAAUUGAAGCACACAGAGAUAAGAGAUUAGCCAAGGGUCAUGCAAAACUGAUAACUCAGAUCUCUCAAGCCAGGCCUUAAGGUCAAGCCCAUCCUCCUGUCUAAUGAGCUGUUACUGCAAAGCCUAUCAUUUGUUUUCUUAAAGUGGGCUGCCAAACCAGACAGUUUAAACAUGCUUGAAAAUUCAGUACUACAGAGCUAUUUGCUUAAUAGUAGUUUUCCUAAAAUACCAGCUACAGUAUUAUAAAUAGAGCAUAAAAAUAGACCAUUGAAAAGAAUCCUUUGUUUGGUCAGCCCCAGUGUUGCAUAGCACUCUAUUCCUGUAAUUUAAAUGAAUGGGAUAUUUGAACAUAGCACUACAAUGAAUGAAGACUUCAAACAGAAAACAGGCUGUUCUUUUCAGCACUGGAGGUCAAGAAUACAUUGAGCUUUUAGUCUGAGUUUUGGUCUUAAAAAUACAUGCUUCCAUAUCAGCAGAAGGAUAUAAAGGAUAACGUGGUAGUCCUUUCAUUAGCAUAACUAAAACAACCUGAAAAUAAAACAUAGCCAGAUUUUUAAAUCAUUGCACUAGAUUUGAAAUGCCAACAAUUUUUACAAAAUAUAUAAAGAUCAUCAAAGAUCAGAAGUGCUGUGGUUUAAAUCUGGUAUGACUAUUUUUUUCUUACAACACAUAGUUUCUAAUAAUUGAAAGAACAGCAGUCAAAAAACUGGAUAGCUGAACCUUUCUAAUCAGUGUGCAUAUGUAACCCCUUAUCUCUGAGAACUUAGAACUUUACUUGAAUUAAUACUGGCAGAGUGUAGCAGGAGUUUAAAAUUUCUCUCCAUGAAAAAAAAAGUAAAAUGUAAUUUCAGACCCAGUUCUGGAGUUGUGUAAAACCAUCAUACAAAGGUGGUCAAACUUAUCUAAAACAACAAGCAGUCCUGCAGGUAAACCUUUAGAGUCUUGGGAAAAAAAAAGCAGUUUUCCAAAAAGGCAUUCCACCACUUAUAUAUGUUUUUAAAAUUAUUUAUUUACCUUGGCUUUGAUAUGUAUCCUUGGCUAACUCUGUUUAGAACUACAGGUAAAGAGUGUGGGAAAGCAAGUAAGGUGAAGAGUAGCUGUUUCACAGUUAUGUCUUAUGAAUGAGUAUAUGGAUCUACUGUGGCACUGGAUCUUUUCUAUAACGACAAUUAUUCAAUUAACUUUGAUAAAAUGGUAAAAAAUUAAUCAUGUAUCUAUCAAAAAACUAUAAAUGCAUGGUCCUUCACAGAAGUAAAAACAAAACAGCACCCUGGGAUGCCUGCUCUCAGUCUACAAAAUUAUUCUAAGUAUCAGUUCUUAAAAGGCAUUCUGAUACCAUCACAUCUGUUUUGAAAAAUGCAUUAAUUCUGAGCUUCAAUUGAUAUAUGUUUAUCAACUAGCUGGUUGAUUGUAUAUUUUGUAAAAAGAUAGUAUGCAUUUCAAAUAAUAUCUUAUUUGAAAUAAAUUUUGUACACUC